GCUGCUGUAGUACGACAAUCGAUUAUAAAUUAUACGAUAUUACUAUAGUAAUUUUACAUCAACGGAUAACACUCGUUGGCUAAUUAAUACGGUUGCCUUUUCCACAACUGUGUGAGCAGUUGUCAACAAUCACUGUGAUAAAAUUAACAACAGAGUAACAUUAAUAAUAAUAAUAAUAAUAAUAAUAAUAAUAAUAAAAACAAUAAGAUACGUACGUAAGGCUUAAGUAAUUUUGAAACGUUGAACAAUUUCGAGUAAAAUCGAGUAAAAUUUUGAAAAAAAAAAAAUCUACUGUACGGUAAAAUAAAAGAAAUUUCGUGAAUGUCCUGAGAGUUGAUUACACUGUCAGUUGAGUCACUGACGGAGAGAAAUACAAAAGGGAUCCAAUCCAAGCUGUUUGUGAAUCCUAUAAAGACCCGCUUAGUGGAAAUUAUGAGGGCACGGCGCGUCAAGAAGUGUGUAUGCUGAAGCAGCCAGGUGUCUCGAACUGCGCCAAGGCCCAAUCGCAGGGCCUUAUGGUAGGUGACGAAGUUCUGCGUGUACUGGCAAUAGAGAUACACAGCCUGAAAGGCUGGCCGCGGCGUUGGUCCCACUGAAACGGACCCAUAAUCCCCUAAGACCAUGGCUGACAAGAAUCAAAAUUUUAUAUCGGAAUCGGUGAAUCCUACUUCAAUCGAGACGACACAAAAGGGACUUUACAAGGGCAACAACAACUCAGGUUUGUCGGGUGUUGCAAGGAAAGAGGGACUGUACACGAAGAAAGAUGCCGGUGGUGGAGGGCACGGCUACGUUUCAAGGAACGCGAACAUGGUCAAGGACUCUUAUCUGUCUAAGUCGAUGGAAGACAAAAUAUGGAACAACAACGUCGAGUCCUCGGGGAAAAAAGGCUUCGCCCCAAUCGUCGGCUGGCAGAACGGCAGCCCAACCGUAUUUCCAAGUUCCCCAGUAAGAGGCCCGGACAAUAUGGUGUCAGCGGUGGGAUCCGACGGUGAGAAUCAGAGCUCGACGUCCAGGAGCUCGGAUACCCUUCAGAAUAGCGGCCAGACCGAAGACCUACUCUUUCCCUCUACGCCUGCCCUGACCAUCGACCCCAGCACCGACUCCUUGGAGCUUGACCAGGACUCGGAGAACAAGCCGACCCUCCUGAGUCCAGGAACUGACUGUGAAGAGGAUCGGGUGCCACCGACGCCGACACAGAGCUUCACGGCGUCGCCGAACCUGACUGUGGGACCGAGUCCAACGGGCCCUCAGAGCCCCGAGGACGGCGAGAAGACCAAGGGGACUGAGAAGACGCAUGGAAUCCUUGUGCACAGGAAGCACUCAGAGCCGGAAACGACGGUGACCGCGAACCCUGGGUACCUGGACUACGAACUGGGGGACUUUGACUCCAUAGACGGCUCCGAGAGCAUUUUAGAAAUAUACGACGAGGAUGAGGAUGAGGUGCAGACCAAGUCAAAGAUCCCUGACGGGGGCUGGGGUUGGGUCGUCGUUGUAGCGUCGCUACUGAUAUCCAUGGUCGCCGAUGGCAUCUCCUUCAGCUUUGGCCUCCUCUACAUCGAGUUUCUCCAUGAGUUCCAGGCAUCGAAAGCCAAGACUGCCUGGAUCGGCUCGCUCUUCAUGGCAGUGCCACUUCUUACCGGGCCGAUAAUGUCCGCUUUGGUGGACAGAUACGGGUGUAGGAAGAUGACCAUCCUGGGUGGCUUCAUUGCCGGGAUAGGAUUUGUUCUGAGCUCAUUUUCUCAGUCCAUCGAGGUAAUGUACUUGACAUUCGGGGUGCUGGCGGGCGUCGGUUUGGGUUUGUGUUACGUAACAGCGGUCGUGAGCAUCGCCUAUUGGUUCGAUAAGAAGCGCACUUUAGCGGUAGGUUUAGGGGCCUGCGGCACUGGUAUCGGAACCUUCGUCUACGCCCCCUUGACCACCUUCCUCAUCCGAGAGUACGGAUGGCGUGGGACGACUCUUCUACUCUCGGGAACCUUCUUCAACCUCAUUGUUUGUGGCGCCGUAAUGCGGGAUCCGGAGUGGUGGGUCGAUGAACAGCGGAAACAGGCGGCCAUGGGUUCCCCUAAGAAGUCAAUGGGUCGCUCUGAGCUCGGUGGUUCCUCCGGCAGUCCCACCGACGAUUUUCCUGGCGUUGAGGAGCUCAGGAAGCUCCUCAAGAGCGGUCAGGCGCCUGAAUACUUGCUCCAGAGCCUCAGCACCACAACUCAGACCCAGCCAAAUGUUCGGGGUGGAAAUUUCAGAAGCGUCGUCAACCUACCGACCUUCGUGCGUCAGAGCGAAAAGGUACCGCUCGAGGUCCUCGAAUCACUUUCAGGAAAUUCAAGACUGUACAAUGUCAUACUGGAGAACUAUCCAAGUCUCUUGUUGUGCAGAAGUUUUUCCGACAAGAAGCUGGUGGAUUCCAACGGCGAAGUUUCCAACACCAAUAAGACUGGCGUCACGAUGUCCAUGAGGUUACAUACCUGGAUCAAGCAAGCUACGGAAAGAGGGAAGUCCGUUGCACCGACCAAGGACUCUCGUCCUGGAUCCACGCAUGCUUCAACGAAGUUAUUGGCAACUCGACGGAUGUCUAGGAAAGAUUUGGAAGAAACGAACCCGUUGCUUGCCAAGGAACUUGCACAUGCGAUGGCUGAGGCUGAGAAGGCAAAAACGCACUCCAGACACCAUCUACCAGGAUUUGGUGGUACGGUUGUGAGAACGGACUCCAUCCCGUGGCUCCGUCGGCAGUUCAACAGGAAUACCCACUACUUCAAAGACAUUCGGGUGCACAGAAAUUCUGUAAUGUACAGAGGGGCGGUGUUGAAUUUGCAUAAGUACAGAUUGCGUGCCAGCAGCUGUCCUGAUAUUUACAGAAACAGUAUAACGACCCUUGCCAAGGAGAACGAAGAGAAAUGGUACGGUGAGCUUCUCGAGCUUCUCAAAGGAAUGACGGACUUCUCGAUGUUCUUAGAAUUGCACUUUCUCAUGCUCUCCUUAUCGACUAUCCUCCUUUUCACAUGGUUCAUUGUGCCUUAUUUCUACCUUGCUGAUCAUCUGACGAGAAAUGGUUACACCGAAGACGACGCCGCGAACUUACUCAGCAUAAUCGGUAUCACGAAUACUAUCGGAAUGAUUGGUCUUGGAUGGGCCGGCGAUCAGCCUUGGAUGAACGUCAGCAAAACUUAUACCUGGUGCCUAGUCGCCUGUGGUAUAAUGACGAUACUGAUGUCGAUAUGCACCCCGCACUACUGGUUACUCGUCGUCAUCUGCGCGGCGUUCGGUCUCUUCUUCGCCAGUAAUUUCAGCUUCACGCCGGUUAUAUUGGUCGAGUUGAUACCUCUUGAGAGAUUCACCACCGCUUAUGGUCUCAGUCUGUUGUGUCAGGGGAUCGGGAACCUUUUAGGGCCGCCGUUGGCUGGUCUAAUUUUCGACAUAACUGAAUCCUGGCACUUGUCAUUCCUCUUGGCCGGUUCAUGGAUCAUAGUUUCGGGGCUCCUCAUGGGUGUCAUACCUUACACGAAAAAUCGUCGAAUUUGGGGCAAGGGGCCGGUAGAAAUGGAUAGGGAAAAAGACCCCGAAGCCUAGGUCACUUCUGUAAUCCUUUCAAGUUUUACGACAGUAAAAUCUCGCGCCCAUCGCCAAUUUUAUAACACUCGCAUCUACACGGCGUGAUUUGGACUGAAACAGUGAUCCGGUUUUCCAUCCAUAUUUCCGAGGUAGUGAAUUUCCGUCGUUAUCUUAUACGGUGUCUUGAUAGUAAGACUUGAUAGUAAGCACGCACCAAAAAGGAAAAAAAAAAAAAAAAAUUACGACUAACUCAGUCAUGUUAUUGUUUAACGAAUAAAGGAAUUAUUGCAGGCCUGCUGCAAACGGGCAUUCGAUAUGUAAAUAAAAUAGGAGUGGUUCAGAAUGGGACGUAUUAGUACAUAUUACUAUUCAUAGAUUUUAUUAGAUCGAAUUCUUGAUUGAAUGUAAAUAUUUUGUUUUAUUAUUUUACAACAGAAUUGGCCUAUACUCAUGUGUCUUAACCUCUGAUCGGUAAUUUCCGAUUACCCAAUAAGCAUCGAUCAAUCAUUAUUAUACAUUUCUUACUGUUUCUUAUCUUGUAUUUCGUUGACAAAAAAUUUUAUGUCCGCCCGGAUACUUUUAUUAUUAUAUUGUAUUAUAAUACAUAGAUAUAAUAUAAAAUUUGAAUGAGUGUUAACUAAUUUUAGUACAUAUUAAUGUUGACGGUGUAAUCUUUUUUUUCACAUACCUUGAUUUGGUAAUCAGUUCGAGAAAGUGAUUAUUUCGUCUUUGAGACGGCGCAAACGAGAGUUGAUCAAAUUAUACGCUUAUAGGGAUAACCAAAUACAUUAACAAUUAAAAUAGAAGAGGAUAUAAAAGGGAGUGAAUAACGCAUCUGCCUUCAAUCCAUUCAAUCGUAUAUAUAUAUAUAUAUAUAUAUAUAUAUAUACAAAUAUUACCUAUACAUUGUACACGUAUAAUAAUAUUGUAUUUCAUAUACACAAAUUUCGAUCUAUAUAUAUUUCAAUAUUAUACCGUGAAAAUAAUCUUCCAUUUUGGAACAGAUAAUUUUUUAAAUAGCAGUUUACUUCAAAAAGCUCGUUACGGGGUCAGGAGAUCGAUAGUUUUUUUGAAUCUUCAUUUAUUCUUCAUCUAUACGUACAUUUUAUUAAAGUGUCGCUGAUACUUGACUUGUUCCAUUCUUGUCUUUUUAAACAGACUAGAAUUCUACACCAAAUUUUUGAAAUCUUACAAACGUUAUGCCUUCGAAAGGAA